GGAGGCGCGGCAGGAGGCAGGCAGAGGACCCUGGAACCUCUCCUCCAUCCCAGGCUUUGUCCUCACCAGCCUUUUUGACGAGAGCCAAAUGCACCUGUUCCUGUUCAGCCUGGUGGUGCUCAUCUACAUCCUCGCCAUGGCUGGCAACAUGGCCAUGGUGCUGCUGAUCUGGGCUGAGGCCCGGCUGCACACGCCCAUGUACUUCCUCCUCAGCCAGCUGUCCUUCCUGGACAUCUUCUUCACGUCAGUCACUGUCCCCAAGAUGAUAGUGGGUUUCCUCUUCGGCUGGACAAGCAUCUCCUUCGGGGGCUGUGGGGCACAGAUGUUUUUCUUCAUGUUCCUGGGAGCUGCCGAGUGCCUCCUGCUGGCCCUCAUGGCCUACGACCGCUAUGUGGCCAUCUGCAACCCUCUGCACUACCCGGUGCUCAUGAGCCGCCGCGUCUGCCUGCUCAUGGUCGCAGCCUCCUGGCUGGGAGGGUCCCUCAAUGCCUCCAUUCAAACCUCACUGACCCUUCAGUUCCCCUACUGUGGCUCUUGGAAGAUUUCCCACUUCUUCUGCGAAGUGCCCUCGCUGCUGACGUUGGCCUGUGCGGACACAGAGACCUAUGAGCAGGUGCUCUUUGUGACCGGUGUGGUGGUCCUCCUGGUGCCCAUCACCUUCAUCACCACCUCCUAUGCCCUCAUCCUGGUGGCUGUGCUCCGGAUGCACUCCGUGGAGGGACGUCGGAAGGCCCUGGCCACCUGUUCCUCCCACCUGACAGUUGUCAACCUCUUCUAUGGGCCCCUGGUCUACACCUACAUGCUACCUGCAACCUACCACUCUCCUGGCCAGGAUGACGUGGUGUCUGUCUUCUAUACGGUCCUCACACCCAUGCUUAAUCCUGUCAUCUAUAGCCUGAGGAACAAGGAAGUGACUGGGGCCAUGAAGAAGGUCAUAGCAAGGUGUGGAGUCUGCAGGAAUGCCUGA